AUGGCGGAUCAGUUCCUCGGUUUCGACCUCAGCACUCAGCAGCUCAAGGGCAUUGUCGUCGGCUCUGAUCUCAAACUCGUCCAAGAAGCAAAGGUAGAUUUCGACGCCGACUUUGGCGCAAAGUAUGGCAUCGAGAAGGGCGUGCUCACCAACCCGGCCGAGGGCGAGGUGUUUGCCCCUGUGGCGCUGUUCCUCGAGGCCAUCGACCUCGUGCUGCAGCGGCUGAAGGAGCAGGGCGCAGACUUCUCCAACGUGCAGGGCGUCUCGGGCGCGGGCAUGCAGCAUGGAACCGUCUUCUGGAGCGAGGACGCCGAGCGCUUGCUUGCCAAUCUGGACCCGGGGAAGACGCUGCUGGAGCAGCUCGAGGGCGGUGCCAAGGGCGAGAGGAAGGGAGCCUUCAGUCACCCCUUCAGCCCCAACUGGCAGGACGCGAGCACGCAGAAGCAGGUCGAGGCGUUCGACGCGGCGCUGCAGGAUCCCGAGAGCCUCGCUGCGGCCACCGGAAGCAAGGCUCACCACCGCUUCAGCGGCCCUCAGAUUCUCCGCUUCCACGACAAGUACCCGGACGCCUACAAGGCCACCUCGCGCAUCACCCUGGUGUCGUCCUUCCUCGCCUCGGUCCUGCUGGGCAAGAUCGCACCCAUGGACAUCUCCGACGUGACGGGAGCCAACCUCUGGGACAUCAAGAACGGCCGCUGGCACGAAGACCUCCUCGCGCUCGCAGGCGGCACUUCAGGCGUCGAAGAGCUGCGCAGGAAGCUCGGCAGCGUGCCCGAAGACGGCGGAGCCUCGUUCGGCACAAUCUCCCCCUACUUCCGCACCCGCUACGGCUUCCCCUCGUCGACCCAAAUCAUCGCCUUCACGGGCGACAACCCAUCGACGAUCCUCGCACUGCCGCUGCGCUCCUCGGACGCCAUCGUCUCGCUCGGCACAAGCACCACCUUCCUCAUGUCCACGGCCCGCUACAACCCGCACCCGGCGUACCACUUCCUCAACCACCCGACCACGCCAGGUCUGUACAUGUUCAUGCUGUGCUACAAGAACGGCGGGCUAGCGCGCGAGCGCAUCCGCGACGCCAUCAACGGCGACGCCUCGCGCAGCUGGGACAAGUUCAACGACGCCGCCACCUCGACGCCGGUCCUCGGGCAGUCAGACCCAGCGCGCGACCCAAUCCGGUUGGGACUCUUCUUCCCGCGCCCGGAGAUCGUGCCCGCCGUCAAGGAGGGAACAUGGCGAUACACAUACACCCCCAGCACCGGCGAUCUCUCGUCCGCCGACACCACCUCCACCACAGCCUGGCCCCUUCCAGGCGCCGACGCCCGCGCCAUCCUGGAAAGCCAAUUCCUCUCUCUCCGCCUGCGCUCUCAAUCCCUCGUGGAAGCCCAAGGCACCCUCCCCCCGCAACCGCGCAGAAUCUACCUCGUAGGCGGCGGCGCCGCGAACCCGGCCAUCGCCGAGCUAGCCGGCCAGGUCCUCGGCGGCAGCGAGGGUGUCUACAAGCUAGAGAUCGGAGGCAACGCGUGUGCGCUCGGCAGCGCGUACAAGGCCGCGUGGGGCGUGCAGCGGCGGCAGGACCAGCAAGAGAAGUUCGAGGACUGGCUGGAGGCGCGGUGGGACGAGGUUGGUUUCGUGCGCAAGGUCGCACACGGCUAUCGCGCCGGCGUGUUUGAGCGGUACGGGCUGGCGAUGCCCGGUUUCCGCGCGCUCGAGGAGCUCGCCGUUCGGGACAAGGGCCAAGGGUGCGUCCAGAGCGAGACAGAGCCCACCGCCGUCGUUCGCGGCCUUGUCAGCGAGAAUAACUAA